GGAAACCCAAAAAAAAAAAAAAAAAAAAAAAGAGAAACCCUAGUAGCCUAGUUCUCACAUUUUUUCUAACAUUUAUCGAUCGCUAACCUUAAUCGAUCGCAAACCUUAAUCGAUCCUCGAUUUCUAUCAAUUAGUGCUCAGAUUGCAUUUAUUGUCGUUUGAAUUUUUUCAUUCCUUCGGGUUUUUUUGUUUGGUUUUUUAUCGCGACGGCAAUGGCGGCGGCGGCGGUUUCGGGAGUGGCUGCUUCAUCGGUGGCUCCGACGGUGGUGGGGUUCGGGAAUGCGUCGCUUUACGUCGGGGAUCUGGACUCGAGCGUGAACGAGGCUCAGCUCCUUGACGUGUUCGGCCGCGUCGGUCAGGUGGUCUCCAUUAGGGUUUGCAGGGAUCAGGUUCGGAGGCACUCCCUUGGCUACGCCUAUGUCAACUAUGCCAAUCCCCAAGAUGCUGUUAAUGCCAUAGAGCUUUUGAAUUUCACUCCUAUUAAUGGGAAACCUAUGAGAAUUAUGCUUUCUCAUCGCGAUCCUAGCAUUCGGAAGAGUGGAUAUGCUAAUAUAUUUAUUAAAAAUCUGGACACUUCACUUGAUAACAAGGCAUUGCAUGACACAUUUGCUGCAUUUGGCACUAUACUGUCCUGCAAGGUUGCGGUUGAUAACAAUGGUCAAUCAAAAGGAUACGGUUUUGUACAGUUUGACAAGGAGGAAUCGGCACAUACUGCUAUCAACGAGCUGAAUGGCAUGUUGAUUAAUGACAAACAGGUUUAUGUUGGACUUUUUGUGCGGAAACAGGAAAGGGCUCGGGCAAAUGGAUCACCCAAGUUUACCAAUGUUUAUGUAAAAAACUUAUCGGAAACAUUUAGUGAUGAGGACCUUAAGAAACUUUUUAGCCCUUUUGGUACCAUCACUAGUGCAGUUGUUAUGAGGAACUCCAAUGGGAAGUCCAGAAGUUUUGGAUUUGUGAAUUUUCAGAGCACAGAUGAGGCUGCUGCUGCAGUUGAGAAGUUGAAUGGCACCACUGAUGGGGACACGGUUUUGUUUGUUGGAAGAGCUCAAAGGAAAGCAGAGAGAGAGGCUGAGUUGAGAGUGAAAUUUGAACAGGAAAGAAUCAGUAGAUUUGAAAAGCUGCAAGGCGCUAAUCUUUAUCUUAAAAAUCUUGAUGACAGUAUAAGUGAUGAAAAGCUCAAGGAGCUAUUCUCUGAGUUUGGAACAAUAACAUCAAGCAAGGUCAUGCUCGAUUCGCAAGGGCUAAGCAAGGGUUCUGGCUUUGUUGCCUUCUCUACCCCAGAAGAAGCUACUAGAGCUUUAAAUGAAACGAAUGGAAAGAUGAUUGGUAGGAAACCUCUGUACGUGGCUGUCGCCCAGCGGAAGGAAGAGAGAAAGGCAAGAUUGGAGGUGCACUUCGCUCAAAUUCAAGCACCUGGUGGAAUGACACCUUUGCCAUCAGGAAUUCCUGGGUUCCAUCCUGCAACACCUAGGCUUGGUCCUCAGCAGCUUUAUUUUGGUCAAGGUACUCCUGGUAUUAUACCCCCUCAACCUGCUGGUUUCGGCUUUCAGCAACAACUCUUGCCGGGAAUCCGACCAGGUGUGGCACCAAAUUUCGUUAUGCCAUACCACCUUCAGAGGCAAGGGCAACCUGGACAACGGAUGGCCGCACGUCGUGGUGGGAAUCUUCAACCAUUGCAGCAACAGCAGUUGCAUCAGCGGAACUCCAAUCAAGGUGUGAGGUACAUGCAAAAUGGAAGGAAUGGCAUGGAUCCAUCUCUGAUUUCUCAUGGUCGGUUGAAUCCAAUGACAUUGCGGUUUGAUGGUUCUGUGCCUGUGUCUCCUGUGGAUGUCCAACGACCUGGGCCAGUGCCAAUGUCAACACUUGCUUCUGCUUUAGCCUCGGCUACACCAGAGAACCAGCGAUUGAUGCUUGGAGAGCAGCUGUAUCCGCUUGUGGAGCGCCUUGAGCCAGAGUAUUCAGGGAAGGUGACUGGCAUGUUGCUUGAGAUGGACCAAACAGAGGUUCUACAUCUUAUCGAGUCUCCAGAUGCUCUGAAGGAUAAGGUGGCUGAAGCGAUGGACGUCCUUCAUAAAGUUUCGUCUAAGUCUGAUGUUGCAGAUCAGCUUGGCUCGUUGGCACUCGGUGAAUGAAGCAAUCCUUUCAUCACAUUAGUGGUGAAUUGGAGUACAUCUUUGCUUAUCCAUAUUUUCCAUUUUUGGGGCUUUUUUUUUUUUUUUUUGUAGGCCUUCCGGAGUUUUUGGUGGUGGGUUCUUACUCUGGAGUUAUUUUAGCCUCACAUUCUUUUUUUUCUCCAUAUGCCAAACUGAUUGUGAUUUUUUGGCCUCCAAUUUGAUAUUGGAGGGACUUGAGGACUUACGAUUGUUUUAGGAUUUCUUUUCUCCGUGUUUUCUAGUUCUAUUUUAGAUAUAUAGGAUUUGGAUGUUGUUAGACCUUUUCUUUUCCUAUUUAUUUUUGCUUUUAGCUAUUAUUAUUAUUAGACAGUUUCUUUGAGUUUCCAUUGGAUGUACAAUCUGAAUUUUGCGUUAGAGAUUACUCAUGUUGUUUGAUCCCGUGUAUGGAACGGAUAGGGUAAUCGGGUGAAGAGUUUUAUG